UGCUGGUCUUGGGAUAACAGGCAGCGCUGCCACCUCCGGUAUUAAGUUUCCUCCUGGUGCCGCUGCCAGUGCUACAGUAGGACACUUGGCUCGGCACAAUUUGGAGACUUUCGUCUUCUUUCCUCCAUCUCCUUUCGCCUUAAGAUCAUGGCCGAACGCAAGAGGAACUGGGACAAGGAGGAUGACCUGCCGGUUUAUCUCGCCCGACCGGGAACGACGGACCAGGUACCACGGCAAAAAUACGGCGGCAUGUUCUGCAACGUCGAGGGGGCUUAUGAAAGCAAGACCAUCGAUUUCGAUGCUCUGAGCGUCGGCCAGCGAAGUAAAAAGGAGGGAUCCAAAGAAGUGACGAGUCCAGAUAUUGAGAGAUGCAGCCCAUGUACAGAGAGGCUCUCUGGGGAGCGUCAGCCGAGGGAUUCGGGCAUCGAAAUAAAAACUACCGGAGGAAAGGAAGUCCUGCAGAAUCUGGAUGACAUAAACAGCGACAGGCUGCUGAUCAAGGGCGGCAGGAUCGUGAACGAUGACCAGUCCUUAUACGCCGACAUUUACAUGGAAGACGGUCUCAUUAAGCAAAUUGGAGACAACCUGAUUGUCCCUGGAGGGGUGAAGACUAUCGAGGCCAAUGGGAAGAUGGUCAUUCCUGGGGGGAUAGACAUCCACACGCACUUCCAGAUGCCCUACAGGGGUACCACCACUGUGGAUGACUUCUGCCAGGGGUCCAAGGCGGCCUUGGCUGGAGGGACCACCAUGAUUGUGGAUCACGUGAUCCCCGAUCCAGGCAGCAGCCUGAUCGAAGCCUUCGAGCAGUGGAAGCAGUGGGCAGAUGAGAAGGCCUGCUGCGAUUACUCGCUGCACGUGGACAUCACCCACUGGAACGACAGCGUCAAGCUGGAGGUAGAGACCUUGCUCAAGGAGAAAGGAGUGAACUCCUUCCAGGUCUAUAUGGCAUACAAGGAUCUCUACCAGAUGAGCAACAGCGAGCUGUACGAGGUCUUCAGCUUCCUGGGGGAGAUGGGCGGCGUCGUGCAGGUCCACGCCGAGAACGGAGAGAUCAUCGCGGAGGAACAAGCCCGCAUGCUGCAGAUGGGUAUCACCGGGCCGGAGGGUCAUGUGUUGAGCAGGCCGGAAGAGCUGGAGGCCGAGGCCGUGUUCCGGGCGAUCACCAUCGCCAGCCAGACCAACUGCCCCCUGUACGUCACCAAGGUGAUGAGCAAGAGUGCCGCUGACAUCAUUUCCCAGGCCCGGAAGAAAGGUAACGUCGUUUUCGGCGAGCCAAUCAGUGCCAGCCUUGGGACAGACGGGACGCAUUACUGGAGCAAGAAUUGGGCGAAGGCCGCUUCCUUCGUGACAUCGCCUCCUCUCAGCCCGGAUCCCACUACCCCCGACUACCUGAACACCUUGCUAGCCAGCGGUGACCUGACUGUGACAGGAAGCUCCCACUGCACCUUCAGCGUGGCCCAGAAGGCUAUUGGCAAGGACGACUUCACCCAGAUCCCCGAGGGUAUUAACGGUGUGGAGGAGCGAAUGGCGCUGAUCUGGGACAAGGCGGUGGUCACAGGCAAGAUGGACGAGAACACGUUUGUCGCUGUGACGAGCACCAAUGCCGCCAAGAUCCUGAACCUGUAUCCCAGGAAGGGUCGGAUAGCUGUGGGCUCUGACAGCGACCUGGUUAUCUGGGAUGCCGACGCAGUCCGGACCAUCACGGCCAAGACACACAACUCGGCCGCUGAGUACAACGUGUUUGAGGGCAUGGAGUUCCGCGGCGCCCCCCUAGUUGUCAUCUGCCAGGGCAAGAUCGUCCUGGAGGAUGGGAAUCUGCACGUCACAUCGGGCACCGGCCGCUUUAUUCCCUGCUCUCCCUUCCCCGACUUCGCUUACAAGCGGAUCAAAGCCAGGAAACAGCUGGCGGUUCUGAGGCCUGUGCCCAGGGGAAUGUAUGAUGGGCCGGUGUCCGAGUUCUCACCCAUGUCCCGGGGGGGAACCCCAUCAGCCUCCGCCCGCACCUCCCCUACCAAGCAAACGCCACCUGUACGGAACCUGCACCACUCCGGAUUCAGUUUAGCAGGUAACCCUGCACAACGCGGUGCUCCAACCACAGAGGAAACCCCAAUCCGGCCAGCGGGCCGGCGUAUCGUAGUGCCCCCUGGUGGUCGCUCCAACAUCACAUCUCUGAGCUAAAGAAUUAGAGGCCCUGGGGAAGGAGAUAUAAUUGGUUAAAGUUCAAGUCAAGCUAAACACUGAAUCCUCAUGCCUUACCGAUUACGACCGCUACCUGCUAUAGCUUUGAGGAUAGUAUUCCUUCUCCUCAGAAAGCCUUGGAUCACCAACAGAGAAAGUAAAAACAUUAAAGCGAGAAAAAAAAAAUUGCAGAGGAACAGGCUGAAGAAUUACACUUAUCAGGUCCCGAGACACAGACACAGCUAGCUUUUCCACACAUUGUUUUUAGCGGUAACUGUUAACUUGAGGAAUAGACAGAUGAUGUCACCUUACAGAAUCAAUAAAGCACCUAUCUAGAUAGUCUCCAUUGAUUGGUCAUCAUGUAGCAUUAAAAUCCACUCAUUCCCAAUACAUAAAUCUUUAAAUUACAGUUCCCAAUCCAUUUUAUGUAAGCUUCAUACAAUUCUGUUCUAAAUAUAAUUUCAUAUUUAUCCCACUCUUUGUAUGUUGCAUAAACCCAUAAUUCUGUAUGUUUAAAUACAUUUUCAUUUCCAUUUUAAUUAGCGGCUUCCUUCAGCUAUUUAGAGUACGGUAACAAGUGGUUAUAGAAUUGCUUUUCUUUGCGUGAUGUGAGCAGAACAUUCCUUCAUAACGCGAUUCCCUAUAACGGUGCUACAGCUCAAUACCUUUCCACAGAAAUUCACUUGCUUUCUCUUUUGCCUGCUCUCUAGGAAAAGGAAUACUGUCCGUUUCAGAAUGUUGCUUUUUACUUUUUUAACUUUUUUGUUUUUUUCUUUUUAACGUUACUUUCAGGUAGCUUGCGGCAUCAUUCCCGCGCAGUAGAGUUACGCAGUUCCAUAAACCGCCUGAUAGGUGGCAGUGUGAGUUCCGGUAGAUGUCCUGUAGCUUUGUGAAUGGUGCAGUUGCUGUAUCCUUCGGUUAUUGAACCAGGAAUAUUUGAUAGCGUGAAAAAAAUAAAUAAAAUAAAAUGAAAUUGAAAGAAAAACAUGUAUCUGGUACGCAGAUUCGGUAGAAAAGGGCCACAUUUUUACCCUUCAUCCUGAGUGCUCUCUCCUGGCUGUUCGUUGUAACUGUCAUUUCCAUUCGCUUGUUAAUCUACAGCUUUUUUUAUCCUAUUUACACAUUUAGCGGAUAAUUUGGGGGAAAAAAAAUAACAUGGGUUUCAGAAGAGAAAGUAAAACAUAGUAAGACAUAGCUUAAUUUGCCUGCAAAGAUAACUCUGGUCAAGCGUUUGGUAUUAAGAAAAGACCCACACUAAGUGGAACAACCUGCUUCGGAAUAACAAUAUUAACCUGCGGCCAUUUUGAUUUUUGUUCCUUUGCCAACAUGGCCAGUCAGCUCCUGUCACUUCCCAUAAAACUCACAUCCCUGAUGGAAAAGUUAGCGGCUGGGAAAUGCAGACGUCGAUCCAAAAUUAUAUGGAUUUUUUUCCCCCAGCAAUGGGUGUUCAAUUUAGUUUGGGCUUCUGGGUCAGACUCUGGUGUGGCAGAGUGAGGCCAGUGGAUGUCCUACCCCCGGCGGGGGGGGGGGGGGGGGCGCUCUGGGAUCCUGGGAAUAUGGUCCAGCAACCCUUGUCUCCUCUGUGUCCACCUUGGUUCAUGCCUUGAUGCUAGUCGGUCAGAUCCAGUCUGUAGCAUCAGCACCUCCAGCACAUACUGGGACUCAACCUGGCUUCUCUUUUCGGGAGUCGACCUCUGCUGUCAGAACUUUUACACCAGUGAGUCCAUGGAGACGACCAGACAGGGUUAGGAGGAGAUUUAUUUUUGGCAACAGGCAACGUGGGAAAGAUCUGUCUGAUUCAACAUACAGUGUGGAUGUUUCUAAUCUGCGUGUCGCACCGGGAGAGGAAGUCGGUCAGGAUUCUGUAAGCGUUUGCGCUACAGUGAUGGGAGGAAGGUUCUCCAAACCCAAAGGAUGUUCCUUUAUUUGUUUGCUAUUUUUUUUCCUUUGCAGCAUUAAUCAAUUUUGCAGUAGUAAGAGCAUAGGAGCUACAAUCACUGAAUGAUGUGGGAAAAGAAAAACAAACAGCCGGUUUUUAAUAUUUAUGUUACUUUGACUGUUUUGGUUUGUUUUUUUAAAUGUUCUUUUUUACUGUUGUAUCAAGAACCCAGUAAAAGCAGGUCAAAAAAAAAAAACAAUGACGUGAUUUGUGGUUGUACGAAUUUUUUCCGGAAUAAACGAGUUGCAAUCUAAA